UCAGCCGGGCCCAGAGUUCAGCAAGAUGGACAUGUUCAUGAAGGGCCUGUCCAUGGCCAAGGAGGGCAUGCUAGCUACUGCAGAGAAGACCAAACAGGGGGUCAAAGAGGCUGCAGAAAAGAUCAAGGAGGGGGUUCUCUAUGGCAGAAGCAAGACCUGGGAGGGUAUGAUACAAGGCAUCAUAUCAGUGGCCCAGAAGACCAAGGAGCAAGCAUCUCAAUGUGGAAAUUUAAUGUUCUCUGGGGCUGGGAACAUCGCGGCUGCCAUGGGCCUGGUGAAGAAAGAGAAGUUCCCCACCAACCUAAAGCCAGAAGAAUGGGCCAAGAAGGUUGGGGAAGAGCCAAUGGCUGAGCCACUGCUGGAUACUGAAAGAGAGAGUUAUGAAGAGCCCCCCCAAGAGGAGUACUAG